GUUGGCAGGUGUUGGUACUGGACUACGUCACUGAGGGGCAAGAGGACCACCCCGCCGCCCCGAGCGUUCCGCGCAUGCGCAAUCUCCGCCUGCCCCGGCUCUUUGGCCUGAAAGGCGCGGGACUGGCGUCAGAGUGCGCGCUCUGCGUCGGGUUGAGCCGUGUCGCCUGGAAGCGGGGCGCAGGCGUGCGCAUGCGCGUUGCACCGAGGGCGCUCGGUGACAGGUGUCGAUCCCCCAAGGCGGCUCGCGAUGGGGUGGCCCGCGUUGCUGCUGCUCUCGCUGUGCGCGGUGGGCGUCCGAGGGCUCUACUUCCACAUCGGCGAGACCGAGAAGCGCUGCUUCAUCGAGGAAAUCCCCGACGAGACCAUGGUCAUCGGGAACUACCGCACCCAGAUGUGGGAUAAGCAGAAGGAGGUCUUCCUGCCCUCCACCCCCGGUCUGGGCAUGCACGUGGAGGUGAAGGACCCCGAAGGCAAGGUGGUGCUCUCGCGGCAGUAUGGCUCGGAGGGACGCUUCACCUUCACUUCCCACACCCCUGGGGACCAUCAGAUCUGCCUGCACUCCAACUCCACCAGGAUGGUGCUUUUCGCUGGCGGCAGACUGCGUGUGCACCUAGACAUCCAGGUUGGAGAGCAUGCCAACAACUACCCUGAGAUUGCGGCCAAGGACAAACUGACAGAGCUGCAGCUCCGAGCCCGCCAGCUGCUCGAUCAGGUGGAGCAGAUCCAGAAGGAGCAGGACUACCAAAGGUACCGUGAAGAGCGCUUCCGACUGACCAGUGAGAGCACCAACCAGAGGGUCCUGUGGUGGUCCAUCACUCAGACCGUCAUCCUCAUCCUCACUGGCAUCUGGCAGAUGCGGCAUCUCAAGAGCUUCUUUGAGGCCAAGAAGCUGGUGUAAUGUCCUCUCCGAAUGACCCUCCCUCUCACCUCAGUUAUUGAUACUUUCCCCACCUAAUACCUUAUCCACCCGGCUUGUGAGGGAAAAAAAGAAAAAAGAAUAUAAACCACAUUGGUUCCCUGGCAACAGAGCAUCCCGAUCAGCCACUUGCUCACAGUGGUUCUCAAGAACACAGGGCAUUGGUCCAAGCUUUCAAAGAUGUCUUGGGGUUUGUGCACGGUCGGAUCUGACCCAGGACUAGGUCUCACUUCUUUCACCUCCAGUGAUUCCCCUGCAUCCUGUCACCAAAUGAGCAAAUGACAAGUCCUCUUGUGACUUCUUCAUCUACUCAUGCAGUAAGCGAUGGCAAUGCCCCAAGAGGCCCUGCCUCCCUGCUCCCGUCAGUCCUGGGCUCUCCCAGUGGCUUUGUGAAUGUAAAUAAGGGGCAGAGGCCCUAGAGGAUUGAAAUGUUUUUCUAUAUAUUAGAACUAUUUUUUGAUAAAGUAUAUAUUUUCUUUCCUAGUUGAAGUGUUAACUGCCUAUACGACUAGCUGAAAACACCAACGCAGCCCCCUUGCAUUCUGUCUGUCCACAUGUUUUUGAUAAGUACCGUGGCAGCUCUCAGGAUUUCAGCCGUCUGUGGGCCAGAAAGCAGACGUCCCACUGCUAUUGAGGCCUUAGAGAGGGCCAAGCAGACUCCUCUGGGACACUUGCGAUUUCACCAGACAGGGCCUCACUAAGAGUGAGGUUGUGACAGCUCGCACAAGGCAGGGCACUCUUACCCUCCCUCUCCCCUUGACCUGUAUUUAAGCUAUGGCAAAUGUUUUCAUGGAACCAGGUUUGGUUCUUUAUACAGAUUUUUCCAGUGAAAUAAAACGUGUUGUACUAGC